AUGGAUCCGAGCCCCAUUCACGCUCAGGUUCAGCAGUUGAUCUCGCGAGCGCUCACCGGGAUCCCUCCGCUCCCCGCAUCCCACGACGCUCUCGCAAACCCUCAACCCAAUGAUCCGAACCGCGUCCCUUUAAAGCCGCUCCCUCAGGCUUUAGCGAACGCGGGAAACCCUAACGCGUGCAAGAUCUGCCACGUGGACAUUUUAGGAGGGCCUAAGUUCCGGAUCUGCCUCUCCUGUGGCGCUCCGUCGCAUCUAUACCCCGCGACUCGGUCGUCCCUGGAUGCGGCUUUAAGUACUGAACGGUCGAGUAGGCAGAGCGCGGGGAGUGGAGAUGCUAGGAGUAGUGACGUCAGCCGGGGUAGCUCGGUUUCCGGCUCUUUACCGGGGACGAGUGUAUCGGGGACGUCUAAUUCGAGUAACGACAAGAGCGGCCUAUGGCGGAACACCCGAAUCGAACGGCGGUAUCUGAUGUCUCUUGAGUUCAAGCCGCAAGACGACAAGCCCUCGGAGCGCACUCUUGCUGAAACCCUAGCGGGCAUCAACGCACCUCCCCCAGAUGCCACCUCCACCCGAGGCAGCACCGCCGCUCGAGGCAGCACUGGCAGCGCUGGGCGCACCUCGAAUGCCUCAGGUGUCACCUCCGCCCGCGGCAGCACGGGUGCGCCUCCCUCAGGUGCCACCUCCACUCGCGGCAGCACCAGCUCUACUGCUUCGUCUGGUGGAGCUGCUGGUGCUGCUGGGACUGGUGGUAAAAGCGGUGCUGGUGGUGUGGGAGCAGCAGCAGCAACAGCAGGAGUAGGAGCAGGAGUAGAUGCAGCCACUGCAGCAGCAGCAACGCCAGCAGCAGCAGCAGCGCCAGCAGCAGCGGCGCCGCCUGUUCCCUCUCAAGCACCUGAUUUCAUACCAGACGAUUUCUUCGCAGCCCCAUCCACUGUCUCCUCCACUUCUACUCCUGCCGCUGUCUCCUCAACUCCUGCUGCUCUCCCUUCUGCGUUCUCGUCCGCUCUGCCCACGCCAUUACCUGCUCCUGGCGCUCUUCCCGCUUCUGCAGCCACCUCUGCCCUUGCUGCCACGUCAGCAUCACCUGCAGCUGUCCCCGCUAUUCCCAGUGCGAGCGGAGCAACAGGAGCAGCAGCCGCUGCUCCUUCGUCGUUCUUUGCUGCCAGUUUUGGAUCAGCAGGGGUUCAGCAGCAGCAGCAGCAGCAGGGUGCAGCGACUAUCGCUCCAGAGAGGCACAGCAGUGGUUCUUCCGCUCUGGAUUUCUUCUCACAGCUCAGUGGUAUCACAAGCUCUGUCCUUUCUGGCACCGCCUCCUCGUCUUCUUCUGCACACCCAUCCGGCGCCACUCACACCAAUGACCCUGCUGCUGGCAUGAGCGCUUUCGCCGGCAAUUUUGCGGGCAGUUUUCCUGGGAGUCAGCCGUACACCUCCCAUGACGGGCAGUUCGGGCAGUUUGCAAAACCGGAGCCGGCGAAUCCGGUGGUGCAGGAAAUUUUGCAGUCCCUGCCCGACCUGUCGUUCAUGCUGGCUGAUCACCUGGUGGUGCCCGGGAGGGAUCCGGGGGGGUUGAGGGAGUUCAAUAGCCGGCCUAAGGUUUCUGCUGCAUCGAUUAUUGCAUCGUGUGUUCCCCCUCGGGCUGUAGCACACGCUGCAACUGUGCCAACUGCAGGAGGAGCCGGGGCAGAAGCAGGAGCAGCAGCAGCACCAGCAGCAGCAGCAAUUGUUGAUUCUGCUGAGGGUGCGACGACGAGUGCAUUGGUGGGGAAGAGAGCGAAAAGCAGCAGAUGCCAGCAGCUGGAUUUGAUUCUAUGGAAGAUUCUGCAGCGGCAGGUCAUGCUGCGAUCACAGCACCUGAUGCAAACAUGGCAUCAGCUGCUGCUGAAGUUGUUGGUUCUGCAGCAGCUGGGAGUGGCCCUGGGAUGGUUCCACAAGUGGGAGAGACUUCUAUGUCUUCCGUGA